AAGAAAUUUCCGCAUCACGCGGCCCGUGGCGGACCUCCUGGCAGCCGAAUUCGCCAAGUAACCUCACUGCCCUAAGAGGAGCGAUCGCGGUGGCCUGCCUGCGAAGUCGCCUGAAGAACACAUUCUGUCCUUUCUGGGCCAACAAGGCAUGCAUUAGGGACGUUGCUGGCCGCUUCAAAGUAGCAGAAAGCACCCACCACAGAAUGAUGAGCCGAGUAACCUCGUUCCUCCUCGACAUUGCACCCAGUGUCAUCAAGUUCCCUAGGGACCUGCACAAGCUCGCCACUGAUUUUGAGCAGGGAUCAAGAUUCCCAGACACAAUUGGAUGCGUUGACGGCAGCUACAUAUCCAUCAGAUGUCCAGCUGGCAAAGUUCGCUCUGUUUACAUAAGCAGACACCACUGCUUAUCUUUGACCAUUCAAGGCAUAUGCGACAACAACAAGAGAUUUCUUGAUGUCACCACUGGUGCCCCAAGUGAAAUGCACGAUUCUAGAAUUUUCAGGAGGUCGAAUGUUGCCAGUGUGCUGCCAGAAUUGUGCUCGAGCAUGUAUCACAUAGUAGGUGAUGCAGCCUACCCUUUCAGAGAGUACCUCAUGACACCGAUUCGGGACUACGGAAAGCUGGACUGCAGAGAUAGGGCCUUCAAUGCAAGGCUGUCAGGAACAAGGGUCCUGAUUGAGAAUGCCUUCGGAAAUCUAAAGAAUCGCUUCAGGCAACUGCACAGGUUGGACAUGUGGACAGUAGACAAUAUGUCUAAGUUUAUUAUCUCGUGCUGCUUGCUUCACAAUCUCUGUAUCGAGCGGGGAGAUUUGCCGGAGAACUUGUCACGAGACAUGUCCCUCAGCCUACCAACACCAAACGACAAUGACUAGCCUUCCAGCAACUCAACAAAGCAGCGGCAGCAGUGGAUCCCAGCAAGAUAGCCUACUACGUGCCUUGGCUGGUAUCAAGAGAGCUCACUUGAUGGUGAAGAUGGGACUGCGCAGACCGCAACCAUGAACUGUGGAAAUUACAUGACUGUGAACUAAAGUACACGGACCAGAGGCUCGCUGAGAAAAACCUGUGAAAUUUACCACCAUAGCAGAAAAAGAAGGCAGAGUCGCUGGUCCAUAUACUUUUGUCCAGUGUAGUGCCUUGUUUCUGUGCCUAAAUAGUAACAAUAAAUAUGCAUUUAAACCAAGCAAUCCAGUUGUAGACAUAUUUAGGACUAGCACAUA